AAGAACUUGUUUGACAAGUGAGUUGAGGUGAGUUUCAGAGCACAGGACGUAUGGCUCAUGUAUUUUGAUGUGAAACCCCAUUCCUUUGAUGGAAUGCAGUUGGAGAUGAUUUUGAAGACAUUUGUGCCACGUUUGACAUGUCAUGCCUUUGAUAAGUCAUAAUUUGACAUAAAAUUGAUAUCAAUUGAUUGUAAUAGUAUUUAUCAAAUAUGUCUAAAGUAUUUUCUACAGAAGAUUGCAUCCAAACAGCGAACUCAACGGCUGUAAAGUCGCAAAAACUUUUAAAUCUUCACAGAGUAACGGCUAAUGGAAAUGGAUUAAAGUUUGUGGCCGUUAAGAGACCCGUUGUUUUUAUUAUAAAUGCACCGGGAUUUCAACAAGAUGACAUUUCCAUAGUUGUCACUGCACCUUCCAGUCGAGAGAUCCCUUUCCGAAUGGAUACCAUUAAAGCGGGUCACUAUGAGGUGGAGUACAUAACUCCAGAAAUAGGCGAACAUCUAAUUGAAGUGAAGGCGUUGGGCAAAGCAAUUACUGGCAAUCCGUUUCGUAGUUUUGCAUACGAUUCCAGCAAAAUAAAAGUGGGAACUAUACCUAAUGGCAUUAUAGGCAAACCCAUCCAAUUUAACAUCGAUUGCAGUGAAGCUGGUUCUGGAAAUUUGGAAAUUCUUGUAAACAACGGACGAGUUUGUAGUGAAGUUAAAAACUUAGGAAAUCAUCACUUCUUGGCUUCAUUUGUAGCAAAUUCUGUGUCAUUACAUACCAUUGAAAUGAAGUUUAAUGGAGAACAUGUGUCGGGAUCUCCAUUUAAGUGCCAAAUAUUUGCGCCAAAUAUUGCAUCAAAUUGUUUAUCAAAAUCUGAUUUAUUAAAAGUCCAGACUCUUGAGUCUUUCCCUGUGGGACAGACACAUUCAUUUGAUAUCAGUGCUUCUGGAUUCAAAAAAGAAGAUAUCAUUGUUUCCAUAGUUGGACCUUCAAAAACAAUUAUUCAAAACCGUAUAUUAGAUCUACAAAACGAUACUUUUCGUGUAUAUUUUAGUGUCUCAAUAGUUGGCACCUAUUUGUUUGAGAUCAAUAUUAGCGGUCAACCAAUGAUGACAAAUGCAUUUUCAGCAAAAGCUUAUGAUAUUUCCAGAAUAACAGUUAGCGAAACACCUAAAACUUGUCUAAUCGGACAUAAGUUUGAAUUUCAAGUGGAUGCCUCUCAAGCAGGAGAGGGACAGUUAGAGAUUGCAGUGAAUGAUGGAGAGGUUCCUAAUCAGGUACAAGUGUUGGGUAAUGGCAAAUGUUUGGUUAACUUUACACCAGAAUCACUCAUCUCUCAUAUUGUUGACAUUAAAUUUAAUGGAGAAAAUGUACCAGGCUGUCCAUUUGUUUGUGAAAUAUCCGAUGCCACACAAUUUAAUGUAGAUGUCAGCCAUAUUGAACUAAUCCCAGUCGGACUAUCUGCCAGAUUCAACAUAACAUCAAAUACUAUUAUUCAGAACCAAUCAAUGCAUGUAUUCAUUACAUCCCCAAAUGGCAAACAAUUACCAGUGAAUGUCGAGUAUAUCGAUGGAUGUGUUUGUGAAUUCACACCAUUAGAAGUGGGACCUCAUAUAAUAACCAUUGAACACUGCAAUCGAGCCAUCAAUACAUCACCAUUUGUUAUCAAAGCUUAUGACUCAAAAAAAGUUUUGGUGACUCCUGUUUCAUCGGGAAGUAUAGGAAAACCCAUUCAAUUUAUAGUGGAUGCCAGCAAUUCUGGUGAAGGAAACUUAGAAAUAGCAGUCAAUGCAAAGGGAGAAAACAUUAUAACACAAGUGCACCCCAUGGGAGGCGCAAAGUUUGGCGUCUCAUUUGUUGCUAAUGAUAAUAUCGAUCACAUUGUUUCCAUUACUUUUAAUGGACAACCAGUUCUGGGAAGUCCUUUCGUUGUUCAUAUUAAUCCGGAUAUGAAUAAAGUUUCAGUUAGUGGUUCAGCUCUUCAUUUUGCACCUAUUGAUAGCAUAGCUGUCCUUACAAUUCAUAAUAUAUUAUCAGAAAGUGACUUAUUUGUCAUAAUAGCCGACCCAACUGGUCAGCCCAUUGCCACUACAAUUAAAAAAGAUACUCAUUCUGAUCUGACAUUUCUGGAAUUUAUGCCAACUGUCCCCGGCGAAUAUGCAAUUCAACUGAAGUACAAAGGAAUAGCAAUCAUGGGUUCGCCCUUUUCAUCAAAAGUUUAUGACAUAAAAAGAAUUUGUGUCAAAGAAAUUCCUCGAGAGAUUGUUAUUGGAAAAGCUGUCACUUUUAUAGUCGAGGCGACAAAUGCAGGUCCGGGUAAUUUGGAAGUGAUAGUCAACAAUGGAAAAGUUCCGUCAACUCCAAAGGCUUUGGGAUCAAGUCUUUAUGCCAUUACUUUUGUCCCCAAAGAUAGAGAGGAUCACAAUAUUGAUAUUAAAUUUAAUGGAGAACCAGUUCCCGGUUCUCCAUUUACAUGUACUGUAUUGGAUGCCUCUAAAGUUUCCAUCAAUAAGGAGGGCUUAGAGAAAUCAGCUGUUUUGACCACUGCUUCCUUUACUAUUGACACCAAUGGAACCACUCUUUCUGAAAAUAACAUUAUAAUUCUUGGUCCGACACAUAAAACUUUAAAAGCAAAUCUGACGGGUGAUCCUCAAAACGGUUAUAAAAUAGAGUUCACGCCGACAGAAGUUGGAGACCAUGCGAUUGAUAUCAAAAUCGGUGGUUCAUCAGUAACCAGCUGUCCAUUUCUGGUUAAGGCUUAUGAUUCAAAAAAUGUCAGAAUUUCAGAAAUAACGAGUGGAACUGUUGGCAAACCUAUAUAUUUUUCGAUUGAUGCCAGUGCUGCCGGUGCGGGAAACUUGGAGAUAAUAGUAUCGGCCAAUGGAAGGAAUGUUCCCAAUUACGUGCAAUCUGAAGGUAACGCCAAGUUUCGCGUUAAUUUCAAGCCAACUGAGCCGAGCACUCAUGUGUUAAGUGUUAAAUUCAAUGGAGAACCCGUUCCUGGAAGUCCUUAUUUAGUAAAAGUUGUGGACAGCACUCAAUCUAUAGUCUCGGGACAAGCAUUAAGGAUGGCUUCGUUAGCUAAAGGGGUUGAAUUCAUUGUCGAAAACAGAAACGAUGAGUGCUCUGAAUGCAAGACUGUUGUCACCAGUCCAACUGGUAAAAAAAUUGACACUUCAAGUAUACCCCAAUCUAAUGGAUUUUUGGUUCAAUUUAAACCUUUUGAAGUCGGACCACAUCAAGUGCUCGUCCUUUUGGAUGGAGUAACAGUUCCCGGCUGUCCAUUCAGUUGUAAUAUAUAUGAUGUGAAUAAAGUGAAUAUAUCGGGUUUGAAUACAUGUGUUGUGGGUAAACCUAUGACAUUUCAGGUGGACGCAUCACAUGCUGGUGAGGGCACACUUGAAUUAGUGGUCACUACUAAAAAAUCUUCAGUUAGAGCUGAAGUCCUGAUGAAAAGUCGAGGUCUAUAUAAUGUAACGUUUAUACCACAAGAGAUUGUUUCACAUUUUAUUAAUAUAACUUUCAAUGAAGAAGAUGUUCCCGGAAGUCCUUUCAAAAUCGAUGUAUUGGAAGAUAUUAAGGACGAGAUUGAAGACAAUACAAGUUUCAUAACAAAUGAGGAUAAAACUGAUAAACAAACAACUGCUGGAUUAGUCGGUACUUUAAAUGUUAUGGAGUUUGAAGUAAAUAAUUGUAACGAUAAGAUUGAGGCCGUUGUUAUAGGACCGAAUCAGUCUGUUGUUAGCACAACGGCUGUCAAAACCGGUGACAAUAAAAUAAGAUUAGAGUAUUCACCGAAAGAAAUAGGAUUACAUAAAAUGGAGUUAUUCUCCAAUUCUAAGUCCGUCUUUAAAAAACCACUAUUUAUAGCAGUUUGUGAUCCUUCAAGAGUUAAAGUCAAUGAUUUAUACGAUGGAGUCAUUGACAGAGAAAAUCAAUUUAAAGUUGACACUUCAAAGGCCGGUUGGGGAGUACUAUCAGUUAAUAUAAAAAGUAACGAAAAAGAUAUACCAUAUAAUAUUAAAGAAUUGUCUUCAAAUAUAUUUAUGGUAUCGUUUAUACCACGAAUUGAUAUAUCACAUCAAAUUGAUAUCAGAUAUAAUGGACACCUAAUUCCAGGUUUCCCUCAAACUAUAGAUAUUAGGGAUCCUUCACAGGCUAUUAUAGUUCACGGGAAUGGAAUUAAAUCAUCGGUUCCCGGAGAAAAUACUACAUUUAUUAUAGAAACCGGAUGUUUUGCAUCUGCCAAAGAUUUUGAUAUAAUAGUUACUGAUCCCAAUGGAUCACCCCUUCCAGUUAAAUGCUAUCAGCAGAAAAAUGGUAGUUUACUUGUUGAAUGGACACCAAUUCAAACGGGUCAUCAUAAGGUCGAUGUUUUGCAUUUGGAUAAACCAAUAAUGGGUUCGCCGUUCAAAUGCGAAAUAUUUGAUGCAUCAAAAGUCAAACUCGAAAAAAUCAAAUUAAAUAAUUUGGUGGUCAACAAAAAAGUUGUUUUUUCACUGACCCGAUUAGGGGCCGGUUAUGCAGAACUUGAUGUAACAAUUACGAGUCCAUUGGGUAGACAUUUACCUAUUGAAGUAAAAAGUAUGUCUGAUAGUGAGGGAGAGCUGAUAGAGUUUGUGCCAACUGUUGCCGGAAAAUAUAAAAUAGCCAUAACUUAUGGAGGCUUUGAAAUACCCAACAGUCCAAUAACUUUUAUAGCACAGGAAGGACUGUCGCCAAAAGUUGAAGGAAAUGGUUUAUAUUGUGGUAUAAUAAAUGAACCGACCAGUUUCACCAUCAAUGCAACCGGUAUUUAUGGUACACCCGAAGUUAGGAUCGAUGGACCCGACAGUGAGGCCGCCUGUAAUAUAGAGAAAGAGAAUGACUUAUUUCAUGUGACAUACGUUCCCCUCGAAAUCGGUGUCUUUGAUAUCAGAGUUCUCUGGAAUGGCAAAGAUAUUCCCGAAAGUCCAUUUCAUCCACGUAUAGUAAACCUGCAAAAGAUUCGCAUAAUAGGCGGUUGGGAUAAUGUCUUGGACUCUAACAAUCAAAUCAAUAUCUGUGUUGCAGAAGAAAGAAAAAUAUCUUUUGAUAUUAGCGAAGGCGGACCAGCUAAAUUGACGGCAAAAGUAAAAAAUCCUGAUUUAACUUUUGAUGAAAUACCUGUUGAACAAACUGCUGGACAUAAAUACAGACUAUGUUUUAGACCUAAAGUCGAAGGCGAACAUCAAAUAUAUAUAUAUUUUGCUGAUUUAUUAUUACCGCAAACACCAAUUCAAGCCAUAGUUAGCGAAAACCCACAAACAUCUGAAUGCGCUACUGUUGUACUUAGAGGACAUGGAUUAGCCGGUGCUCGUGUCGGUGAAGAGUCGGAAUUUACAAUUGAUGGAACAGAUGCAGGAAAUGGACAGCCAGAAGUUACUUUGACUGGUGUUAAGACAGACAUUCCCGUUAAAGUAACACAAAUCAGUUCAAAAGUUUUCAAAGCUGUUUAUAUGCCAUCAAUUCAAGGCACUUAUUUAUUAAAUGUAAUUUGGGGUCAAAAACAAGUUAAAGGUUGUCCACUAAAAGUAUCAAUCCUUCCGAGUUGUGACGCAAAGAGAGUUAUUUGUUCGGGUGAUGGACUUAAAUAUGGAUCCAUUGGAAAACAGAUUAAAGCAUUUAUCGAUACUCGAAGAGCUGGUCCAGGUGAACUUACAGCCCAUUGUGUUGGUCCUCAUAAGAUAGCCCACUGUGAACUAUAUGAUCAAAUGGACGGGACAUUCACUUUAUUAAUUAAGCCACAAGAAGGGGGUAAACAUGUAUUGACCAUUAAAUAUGGCGGCGAACAUGUGUCGGGUUCUGCAUUUACAAUACGAAUUGCUGGAGCACCGGAUGCUUCAAAAGUUAGAGUACUUGGUCCGGGUAUAGAGCACGGGGUUCUACCACUAUAUCAAAGUAGAUUCAUAUGUGAUACAAGAGGUGCCGGUGCCGGACAAUUAACUGUUAGAAUUCGUGGUCCAAAAGGCGCUUUUCGAGUUGAGAUGCAAAGGGAGAGUCAAAAGGAUAGAACAAUAUUAUGUAAAUACGAUCCGACAGAACCGGGAGAUUACAGAAUUGAAGUCAAGUGGUCGGGAGUACACGUUCCCGGAUCACCAUUUGUUGUACUUAUUUUUGAUACUCAAGAGGAACUCAGUCGAUAUUUGGCCGGACAUUAUGGCACUCCAAGUGGUGCAUCAUCUUUGCCACCACUUAAUGCUAUUGAAUAUCUUAAUAAUGGUAUAACUUAUGGAACAGCUUUGGGGCGCAUGUCUUGGAGAGGAUCCACUGCUGAACUUUAG